GCGGGACAAAGACGUUGGUCUUGUAGGUUGUCCCAUGCAUCCUACCGGUGCUUCAUAGCCGUGUAACUGGACUGCAUUGCACAACCAUGGGCAGUGUGUUGGCUGCCACUUCACCAAACCCCCCUGCUUCAGGCAGUGGUAGCAGUCAGGGGGGUCCAGGCCUGACCGUGCCUCCCGGCUUCACCAUGCCCAGCAUGCCCUCGUCUCUGGGCACCGGCGCCCAGGCUGGCACAGAGACCAAGCCUUCUCUUCCCAACCCGGGCACGUUUGAGGAGUGCCAUCGGAAAUGCAAAGAGGUUUUCCCGAUGCAGAUGGAGGGUGUGCGACUGGUGGUCAACAAGGGUUUAAGUAAUCACUUCCAGGUGAGCCACACAGUUACACUGAGCACCAUGGGAGAAUCCGGCUACAGGUUUGCAGCCACCUACGUUGGGAGCAAACAGACCGGACCUUCUGAGUCAUUUCCCGUUAUGGUUGGAGACAUGGAUAACACGGGCAGUCUCAAUGCGCAGUUUAUCCACCUGCUGACCUCACACAUACGCUCCAAAGUGGUCCUGCAGACACAGCAGCACAAGUUUGUAAACUGGCAGUGUGACGCAGAAUACCGCGGAGACGACUUCACUGCUGCUGUAACACUCGGCAAUCCAGACCUUCUGCUCGGAUCCGGGAUUUUAGUGGCUCAUUACCUUCAGUCUCUGUCGCCUGCCUUGGUUUUGGGGGGCGAGCUGGUGUACCACAGGAGACCUGGAGAGGAGGGCACGGUCACCUCGUUCAUGGGCAGAUACACAGGCAGCAACUACGUGGCCACACUGACCGUUGGAGGAGCCGGUGCUCACGCAUCAUACUACCACAAAGCCAACGAUCAGUUACAAGUUGGAGUGGAGUUUGAAGCGAGCACACGCAUGCAAGAAACAAGUGUGACGUUUGGCUAUCAGGUGGACCUGCCCAAAGCCAAUCUUCUGUUUAAAGGUUCCAUAGACAGUAACUGGGUGGUAGGGGCUACGCUGGAGAAGAAGCUACUGCCACUCCCAUUGUCUCUGGCUCUCGGCGCCUUCCUGAACCAUCGCAAAAACAAGUUUCAAUGCGGUUUUGGAGUUACUAUUGGUUAGACUUGCAUCAGGAGCGAGGAAUCGCGUAGAUCUGCAUUUCGAGCAGACUUGGACUGGUGCAGAGAGACAGGGGGACAUGGACCAACAACCAAACGGACUCAGAUUCUCCCACGAGCACUGCGGUAACACCUCACAUGGACGCACGAGGACUGUAACAAAUCAGGCAAAAGUGAUGUAAUAUUGCCGAUCGACUUCAUGUGAAAAGAAACAGAUCAUGAUCAGACAACAUUAAAAUGUUUAGAAAAAACAGUUUCAUGUUUACUAGUAAAACGCUGCCUCCAGAUUACACAGAGACGCAGUUUUCAUGUGUGAUGCA